AUGGCAAACCCAACAUCACAAGUUCCCCAGCACGUAACCGCGCUCCUCUCCCAUCUGAGUUCCCGCCCUGGAGUGCAAUCCACGUUCAUCCUCUCCCGCAAAGAUGGCUCUAUAAUCCAAAGUACGGGACUAUAUGCAUCGAAUCUAACGACGGGUAAUCAUGCAGCAAACGCAACGGCCUCGACUUCAGAUUUAGAGCCUGUAGAGGCAGGACCGGAUCACAAACAUGCUCAUACGCAAUCGUCAAGCUCGAAUACAACCACAACUACACAGCCAGAAUCAUCAACUUCCUCAUCAGAUGCGGCGUCAGCAUCUCCUGCACACCCGCGUACACAGACGCCAUACCAGCCGACUCAAGCUGAGGCAUUGGCUGCUCAGAUCUACGCUUUCGUGUCGAGUGCAUCGGCACUAAGUUCGGCCCUCACACAGCCUCCUUCGUCCUCGUCUCAGGCAGCAACGGGAAACGGGUACUCGAAGUCAGAACUGAAUGGGCUUGAGGAAUAUGUGAAUAGCAGAACACCACGCGAAGAAGAUGGAGAUGGAGAAGGCAGUGGGAACAACAUCCAGGAAGAUGAUGAGGUCAAGUUGCUCCGGUUGCGUACAAAGAAACACGAGAUUGUAGUUGUUCCGGAUAGGAAGUAUCUAUUAUGUGUGGUCCAUGGCACUACUUCUACUUCCACUUCUGGUUCCUCAGGAAGUUCUAGAUGA